CCUCUGUACCGGAUUUUCCGCCCGCGCGUGCAGAGUAUCCCGCAGACCGGAGUUGCGUUUAAAUGAGCGACAGAGAGUUCUGAAUCCUUGCUGUGUCAGUGGCCGUGGAGGAUUGUGAUUUGUACCUGUUGAGAUCCUCCCUCUGUGUGGGGCUGUGUUAGAGGGAGCUCGCUGUGGUUUUCUAAGUAUUGAACAGCCUAUUUUCAACACUCGGGUCACUUCCCAAGACUGAUCUUACCUGAGAAGGAAGACCAGAGGAGAAGGAAAGCAAGGAGUCAGAAAUGACUCGUUCCCAGGGAUGGCUGAUGUUCCAGGAUGUGACCAUAGACUUCACUCAAGAGGAGUGGGAAUGCCUGGACCUCGGUCAGCGGGACUUGUACAGGGAUGUGAUGUUAGAGACCUACGGGAACCUGGCCUCCUUGGGUUUUGUGGUCUCUAAGCUGGACCUGGUCACCUUUCUGGAGCAAAUGAAGAAUCCCUGGGAUGUAAGGAGAACGGACACAACAGCCACAUACCCAGCUGUGUCUUCUCACAACACCCAAGGUUUGAUGUCAGAGAAUCCAAGGUUUGAAAAUUCAAUCCAAAAAGCAAACCUAUAUGAAAGAGCUCACCUCGGAAAUGAACAUUUAACCAAAACUGGGGAUAUACAAGGGCAUAUGACAAACUGAGAGGAUGUUUAAAUGGACAUAAAGAAAUUGAGACCGCUUCAUAUACUGUGGACAUGACUGCCAGAAGAAAUGAGCACUGGGAGUCAAAUUGGGGAAAGCACCCGAUUCAGUCAUCACCGUCUGCCACGCAGUGUAUCUUUGUAAGCAAUGACUCACAUCAGUUUUUGAAACACACACGUUCUCUGAGGGGAAAUGUGGAAAAUCUGGAAGGUCAUCCAGUCUCUACUCCAAAUGCUCGUUCAGACCACUCUCAACAUAGACUUCGGUUACACAUACAUUCAACCACGUCUGAAAAGGAGAAGUUUACAGAUGAUGGGGAAAACUCACAAUGUAAUCAACUUGAGGGGUCUGUGAGCAACGGGUCAUUAUUCUUCCACCAACAGACAGGUUCUCUCCAAUCCAAAAUGUGUAAUGUUGAUAAUAAUGGAAGAGACUUAAUUCAGCCAUCACUGUUUGAUAUAUAUAAUGGUAGGGUAAAUAUAAAACAACUUUUCAUGUGUAAUAACACGAGUCAGGCCUUAAGUAGGAGCUCCAACCCCAGUAGUUUCCAGAGUAUUUAUGAUGGAGCAAGAAACUGUUCAUGCAAUGACAGUGGAUAUAACAUUGAACAAGACUCUGAUCUUAGGAAACAUCAGGCACCUCAAUCUUCAGAUAAGGAUUCUAAAAGUAAUACAUGUAGGAAUAUCUUUUAUCAAGCAUCAGGUCUUUCACUAAAUAAGACUACACAUACUGGAGAGAAGACUUACAAUUUUAGUGAAUAUGAUGUUUCUAAUCAGUCUUUAGAACUUAUUCAACAGCAGAGUAUUCAGAAUCCACAGGAAAACUACAAGUGUAAGAAACGUGAGAAAGUCUUUACUAACACACUCAACCUACGUAAACAUAGGGAAAUUCCUACAGGAUGGAACACUUUCAAAUGCACAGAAUGUGACAAAGCGUUUAAUCAGAGUUCAAAACUUAGUCAACAUCAGCGAAUCCAUAUUGGCCAGAAGUCUUAUAAAUGUAAGGAUUGUGGCAAAGGCUUUAUUCAACACAGAGAUCUUACUUGCCAUGAGAGAAUUCACACUUUAGAGAAACCUUAUAAAUGUCAAGAAUGUGGAAAAGCUUUCAGUCAAUACGCAACUCUUAGUAAACAUCAGUGAAUUCAUACAGGAGAGAAGCCUUAUAAAUGUCAGGAUUGUGGCAAAGACUUUAGCCGGCACUCAGGCCUUAUGCACCAUCAGAGAGUUCAUACUGGAGAGAAGCCUUUUAAAUGUAAAGAUUGUAGCAAAGGCUUUAGGCACGGCAAAGUUCUUACUCGCCAUCAGAGAAUUCAUACUGGAGAGAAACCUUAAUAAUAUAAAGAAUGUGGAAAAGCUUUCAGUCACUAUGCAACUCUUAUGAAACAAGAGAAGCCUUAUAAAUGUAAGGAUUGUGACAAAGACUUUAACCCAGCACAUUGGUCUUACUUAGCAUCAGAUAAUUCAUACUGAAGGAAAUCUCAUAAAUGUAAGGAAACCUACAAAGGCUUUGAUCAUCUCUCUCACCUCACUGGACAUCAGAGAGCAUGUCCUGGAGGGAAACCCUAGUAAUGAAGUAAGACAUGAAAUAGGUUUGUCCUGAACAUACAAUUCAGGAGACAAAAGACUUAUUUAUAUAAGAAAGAUAUGGAAUGACGUAAAGAAAAUGUAGGAAAGUAUUUAUAAAAAAUCAAAUCUAAAUAAAUAUCAGGAAAUGCAUACUGGAAAGUAUUUCAUAAACCCUGUUUUCUGACGUUCCUCUUAGGGAGAAAUAUUGUAGAUAGUGAUUCAUAGUUAAAAUAGAUAGAAAAUUGAUAUGUUAGUAUGGAUCACAAGAUGAAGAGGUGAUGUUUAGCCAUGUACAGUUACUAGCUAUGUAUGUUUGUUGAUAUUGACAUGAUUUGUGAUUAUUUGAAAGCCAAAAUGAAUGUAACUGAAUUCUCAAAUUACUCCAUGCUAUACUUCAUUUCUAGUGUGCAUGCAAAUUUACGUUUUUGAUGGUUGCUACCUCAAAGAUGAGAGAGGUAUUAUUUUUCUCCAUUAUAAGAUUAAGGACACAGGAAUGUAAGAUGUACAGUAAACAUCUAAAUGGUGGUGUUUGUCAUUCAUGUCACACAUCCCUGUUAGUCACCGUGAUGUAAGUGUUCAGGGAAUAAUUCCACAGAUUAAGAUGUCCAUUUUCAAUAGUUGCAUCACUUACUUUUAAAGUAAAAUAUAAUGAGAGUUCACUAAAAUCUCGAUGUAUUUUAUAAUAUGAACAGCAGUCAUGAAUAUCAGCUGACAUAUUUCAAUUAAAGACAUCUCUGCUACCCUAGACAUGUACGGAAAACACUUCCCAGAAAAGUCAUGUAAUUAGUGUACAUCUUCUUAAAUGAUUAGCCUGCCUUUUGUAAACAUAGAAAUCACAGUUCUCAGAUCAUUGUAUCAGAGGAAAGAUUAUCAUUGUUUAUAAUCUGUAUUUUUGCUUAUAAUCUGUAUUUUAACCAAAGUGACAUAGCAGAGUGUAAAAGGUUUUAUUCUGUGUGUGAUAAGCAUACAUGUUAAUCAAUAAAACUGAAUGGUUUCUUGUGUA